GGCACUUCCUGUGCUAACGCAGAGCGAGUAGAGAGAGACUGGAGCUCUGCGAGGAUCGAGCAUACAAAUGAACGUUACUCCGUUACUUUCUUGGAACGUAUAAAUUAUUCAGUGUUCACGCUGCGAUGGAGGAUGAGCAGCGUUUAUUUACUUCGGUCGUUCUGCUGAUCGCUUCGACUGUGGCGACGAGUCUAGAUUCCGAUCUUCCGAAGCCUCAGAGUUUGGGCUUCCCAACGGACCUCGGAUUGGGCGACGAAGCCGUGGUCACGUGUUUUGCGAAGAAGUCCAGUUUACUUUCUGCCAAUCAGCUGUCCUUGUCCUGGCACAAGGACGGUGCCCCCAUAUCGUCAGAAGCUCGGAUUUCUUUGGCGAGGCUGUCCCGGAACAGCCUGUCUCUGAGCAUCAAGAGUGUCCUUCCCGAAGACAUUGGAAACUACACCUGCGUCGCAGAAGGACCGACGGGAUCGUCGACGGUCACGGUUCCACUUCUUGUGUCAGGUGCACUAGUGAUCUCUUGGUUAUUUCACAUCACUGUCGGCAUACAACGUUCAUUCGUUCACAUAAACUAUAAUUAGUCCGUUAUUUAUCGCUCGCUUGUAUACUGUAUAAUUGCUUGCUAUAUUGGGACACAGAGCACGACUCAA